AUGAAGGCAAAACAACUAUUCACCUCUUACUUAUUGGCGGGAAAACACCAUAGAUUACCUUAUUCUAUUCUCACGAGACAUAAAUCGCAAGGAGGUUUAAGCGUCCCAGAUAUCAACAGCUACCGUAAUGCCAUACUCCUAUCUCGUAAAUACGACUGGGUAGACCCUCAAACCCAAAAGCAAUGGACGCAGAUAGAAACCACUAGUUUCACAACAGCGCCCAAAACUAUACCAUGGCAUAAACCCAAUACGAACAUACUUCACCCAGGCCACGAAGACCACCCCACUAUAAUUCCCACCUUAAAAGGAUGGCACCGACUUAGACAAAAUAAACACAUCUCUCCUCACCCAUCACCACUCUUUCCAAUUACGGGAAAUCCAAACUUUCCCCCAGGCAUGCAGCCAGAAGCUUUCCGAGCCUUUGAGACUAUACAAAGUCAUUUACAAUUAAACAAUGUAAUUAACAAGAAAGGUAUUCUUCCUCUAACAGUACUUUCACGCAAUUCCACGCACUCUACCAUGCAAAAAUUCAGGUAUGCACAACUCUUGCACUAUAUCCAGACACAGCCAGAUCUACAUCUGGGAUGUAGACCUUUAACUGCAUUUGAGUCCUUAGCCACGACUAGGACCUUACAAAAGAAACACAUCACCACUUUUUAUAAAAUAUUACAGAUACAAGAUAGCGAACAAGCACCGAAAUACACCACAGCUUGGGAGGAUGACUUGAUGAUCACCUUAUCCCAGUCAGAGUGGGGUAAAAUAUUCACCAACAUUUUUAGGUCCACCACCAACACUACCAUACAAGAGAGCAACAAAUUUCUAGAUGGCACCUAG